AUGAUACAGAAAAAAAAAAGUGUUUGUUUACUUGUUCAUUUUUAGUACGUCAGUCAAUGUUAGAGAUUUAAGGAUAUUUGGGAGAUUUACUGAAAUCAUAGACAAACAGACAAACCAUUUAUACAACAGAGUUAAAAAUGAAAGCAAACACUGCAGACAUUCAUAAUGAAAGUGAAAGCUUUCUGUUUUUGUGCAGUUAGUCUGCGGAUUCUGAAGCAAGCAGUCGACGUCAAUAAGCUGUAAAACUGAACAAACACACAACCUGACACCGAGUGACUGAAAAAGGUGAGGCUUUAUGACAACAAAGGCAGCUGUAAGUCAGCUGUACUCGUUUAAAAAGAAAAGAUGACAGACAUAUUUUUAGGAAAUAAGGUUUUUGUUCUUGUCACUGGAAAAACAUUAAAUGUUGAUAAGAAAUUCAUGGAACAUCUUAAACAACAAAAACCAGAUCUGCAGGAGGUGAAAAAUGUAGCUGAGUGCGAUUAUGUUCUGGUUUUCUGUCCUAUUGUGUCACAAGCUUUAACCGACAUUGAAGCGGCAUUGAAAAAUCUUCAGGAUAUUGCAGGUUCCAAACCUGCUGUUCUAGUGAUGCUCCAUCACACGUUUAAUAAAGAUUAUGCUGUACCAGACAGCAGCAGAGCUGUAAAAAGGAAGAAUUUACUCACAGUAGACUGUCUGUUCCAUGAAGAUCAAGGAUUACUUCAGUGUACAAAAAAUGCUGAAUCACUGGGAAAAAUUCUAAGCAUUAUAAAACCCGAGGCGUCAUGGUGGAGUUAUUUCGGGUUCUCUUCUCCAGCUCGUAACCAAACAAAUAACAUGGAGAUUGGACCGUCCAAAACAGAAUCUGACAUGACUUCUGAAAUUCAAAAUGCCCCUCAGAUUAUCAGGAACAGUGACGUGCAAAAUGAACAAAAAGCCUCUGAUCAUCAGCCUUCUGGUAACCAGAUGAAUAAUACAGAGAAUAUUGUACCAGACAGCAGCAGAUCUGUAAACAGACAGAAUACGAUCACAGCCGACUGUCUGUUGAAUGAAGAUCAGGAAUCAGUGCCAUGUCAUGAGAACAAUGGCCCAUUUUCCAAAUUUGCAAACUGGAUUGAGGGAAAGACAACAAGAAAAAGUAAAAAUCAUCAGCCUUCUUUUAUCCAGAUGUUGAAGUGUCCUCGUCUAACAUACUUCACUAUAAUCUCUGGAAAGACAUUAGGACAUCAUGUGGACAUAGAGAGGAAACUUCAGGAACUAAUACCAGGCCUACAGAUGGUGAUGAAAUUGGAAGAGUCUGAUUUCAUUCUGAUUUUCUGCCCUGUUGUUACACAAGCUGGAACUGACAUUGUAGAAGCAUUGAAGAUGCUCAAUACCCAAGCAGGUGACAAACCUGCAGUUCUGGUGGUGCUUCAUCACACCUUUAAUCCAGAACUUAUUGUACCAGACAGCAGCAGAUUAGUAAAUAGACAGAAUACGAUCACAGUCGACUGUCUGUUCUAUGAAGAUCAGGGAUUACUGAAGUGUCAUAAGAACAAUGAAGCACUGUCCAAAGUUGUAAACUGGCUGCAAGGGUGAUGAAAAUCAUGAAAAGAACAGCAUACUUGGCAACUUCA